GGAGUGGAGAAAAAUCGCCGUCGGCCAUGUUGGAGUUGACGAUGGUCCUUAACGCUAGAGGUGAGCGGGUGGCGGGUGUCAAACGCGUUGAUCUUCAUUGGGCCAAACACGCUGGGUACGGCAAGAGGCUUUAUGACAUUUUCAAUCCGCCCGGGACGGAGAAAUUGACGUUGUCGGACCUUCAAUCGGUCUUCCCAUUCUUCGACAGACAUGUGGUCGCAGGGCAUGAGUCGGUGGUGCAUUCUUCCGACCGCAUAUCUGAACCGAAAAGCGUGCUUUCAUCGUCUUUGGAGGCGGCUCUGUCGUCGAAACCGAUCAUAAUAGGUGCCCGCCCUCCGCCAUCACUUCGGACUACGGUUGCUGCAACACGAGUUCCGAGAUCUGAGCAGAUCGGGGAGAAAGGUCCGUGUCGCGACCAAAUCGUGCCGUCAGCCCCUGUGAAGCGUAGACCAACAUCAACCAGGGAACCCGUUUCCUUGGUCCGCCCGCCGCGCUAUGAGUUGGCCAUUCCUGUUGGGCCACAAUAUUUUGUAGAUGACGACGAGGAGAACAACGCAGAAGAAUGGGAGCGCGAUGAAGAACGCGAAGAAUAUGAGGAGGGUGGCGAAGAAGAGGAAGUAGAGAGUGAGCACACAAUCAGCGAGAGGGGUGGGCCGGGCGAGUUGGAGGGUCGCCUAGGGGUUGAGUAUGAGGACGAAGGGCAAGAAGAGGAAACGACCGGAGAGGGAGGGUAUGCAGAUGUGCAUCGGGGUUCCAAACGAAUGCAGUUGCUCGCGUCGGGUCAUGGGCAUUGGGAAGCGGAUCCAAGGCGCGGAGAAAUACACCGCGAAGUUGGGGUCGAGCCGGCGCAUGCCGAUGCUGUCCGACUAACUGAGAAGAAAAGGAAGAUGAGGCAAGAGAGAAGUGCUAUGGACAGUAAGAAAACCAAGCAGAAGGGGGGAACCAAGCAAGAGGAGGGCAAACGCAAGUUGAAAAUGCUGGCAGUUGAGGAGGCCGUCCAACGUACGCGAGAGGCUGAGGAGGCCAUGAAGAAAUAAUGGCAGCCAAGGAAAAAAGCAGCGAAGAGAGGGUGAUGGAAAACCAGCCACAGUCGGAUCAAGACGCUGUGGGCAAGA